CUGGGCUUCUUUGGCUGUGCACAUAUGUGGGUGUCUACAAGCGUGUGCCUGUCACAGCAGAAUAAGUUGGCUAGACAGACAUACAGCUCUUUAUAGAGAGGGAGAGAUCCCAGAGUUCAUCAUUGACUUAUUUCAUUGUCAUCAAGAGGACUGUUAAUUCUUUGUCUUUAUUUGAAACAUUUGAAUCUGUGCAUUUAUAGUUGUCAUUUUUUGGGACACAUUUUAUCCUCAAAUACUUUAAAAAAAAUCGAAUAGUGGGAGAACAUAUUUGCUCAGCGAUUUGUCACUCUCUGUGUGUGCCCAUGACGUGUUCAGCGUGUCAAGCCCCGGGGCAGGAGGUGGGCUUAUGCUUAGGUGGGGGUCUUGUCUGCAGCUGCUCUGGACGUCCUCCCUUUUCCAUGAGUGUUUCCCCCAGUAACUCGUCUAAUGCAGUAACACUCACACGAGCAAACUCCUUAGACUGGAGACUUGAACCCUUUUGCUGCUAACAAUAGCCUCUCUUUCCUGAAAAGUGGCUGGCAGGAAGGAAUGGAAACUCACAAAAUAGGGAAGCCCCUAUUUCUGUGAGUGAAGGCUUAUCUUUCUUGAGGUGGAGGACGGGGAGGAUCAAGUGGCCCUUUCGGCAGCCUCCCCCCAUAGGAGGCCCAGAGCCGAAUCAGAGGCAGGAUCCACAGAAAACGGGGGACCGCAGAGCCCCCUCCCACUUGGGGACAUACCAUCCCGAGGCCGGCCAGCAUCUCAGGGGAAAACUAACCACUGCUUCUGAGCUGAAUUGGAUGCUAUCAAUUUGGAUGAUUCUUCGAGGAUAUAAUUUUCCUCUACAAGUGUGAGAACAAGAAAGAGACACCGAGGAAGAGCCAAGGGGAAACUUGCAAAUGAAUAUGUACAAUAAAUAGUCUCCCUGUGUAUGGACAUGUUUGCAGUUCCUACCAACAACAGGCAUUUACCCAGUGGAUAUUUUGGAAGAUGACCCUGAAAGGCAUCGGGAAGCAGCCCUGGCUUAUUAUGCCACGCUUAGGGAAGGGAUGCAGUCCUCAGUAGAGCUCUUCUCUCUUCCCACGGGGGAGCAGGUUAAACUUGAAGCUUCGUCUAUUUGCUUUUGCACUGUGCACCGUGACGAACCUCAACAUAAAAUAUUAGUCUUGGUUAAUCCCCAGGACACGAAGACAGUGGUGGCUGUUUACAUAAAGGAGUCCUGGUGGCCCACUGAAGACGUCCUACGAACCUCUGAUCCUGCCAGAGAAGGUCUGAUGAAGGUUCGGUCAUUUGGGGAAAGGAUUGUGCUUUUCAUUCUAAACGUCGUUAUUUUUGGAAGAUUGGAGAGAAAUUUGGAAGACGGUGACAUGUUUUUUUUACCUCACUCUGUGAAGGAGCAAGCAAAGAUUCUGUGGCGGGAGGGAUCAGCUGUUGGAUUUUACACAACCAAAAGGAAAGGCAGCCUGUGUGGUGAUGGCACAGGUGCGUGCUACCUGCUGCCUGUCUUCGACACCGUGUUUGUCAGGAGGAUGUACCGUCGCCAAGGCCUGGGCAUGGCCAUGCUGCAGGACUUCUGUGAGACAUUCCAAGAGGAUGAGGCCCUGGGCGUCAGUUGGCCAAUUUCUCCUGCCAUGUACCAAGUCUGCAGGAAGUUCCUGUUGGCCCAUCCGGAGGAGCGGGGGCGCCUGUGGGAGGUGGAGCCCCCAGGAGCCUGGGGCCAGAGAGGCAGCAUCUGGCUGAAGGUUCAACUGCAGCAGUCAAGACCUCCAGACUCUCACCCAGGAAAUGCCAAGGAGAAUGUGAGCAGUCAAGGGCGGACGUCUCCAGAUGAUGGACCCAGACAGUCUGAAGAAGGCAAGAAGGAGAGGACCCGCGGAGAACGGGAAGAGACAAAGAGUGGUCAGGACUGUGGAGUGAAAGAAGCAGCAGCGGGGCGGCUUGGACGAGUCUGCGCGGCCAGGCCGGAGGGGAAGGAGACCAAGAGGACUGCGGUGGAUGCGGGGCUGGUCUGGGAGUCCCAGCAGAAGCACCUGCGGCCCAGCUCCUGACUCUCAGAGGCAGACCCGAGUCGAGAGGCCUGCCUGGGCCCCAGGGGACAGGGGCGUGAGAGCUGCUUCUGUCACUGCCUGCUCGCGUGCCCGGGAGCUGGCCUCUGCCCCUGCUGUGUGCUGUCCUUUGAGGAGAAAGGGACAGCACAGACCCCACCCACCUCAGGCUUGGUUUGUGGGCUCAGGUGAUAGAAAGCCUAAGAAAGUGCUUCAUUCCUCCAGCACGGAGAGCCACGCAGGCUGCUAUUUUCCUGAGCUCAGAUCCCAGAGGCGUGUUUGUUAAACCUAAUAUGGUUUCUGUUACUCGGGAUGAAUUCAUAAAGACUGUACGGGAACCACUC